CUAUUUUCAACAACAAAAGCCUUGGUGCAGGGUGAUGAAACAUACAUAUACACACACACACACACUUAGACACAUAGAUGUGCCACUUCUAAGAGGAUUACUGUACAGGGGAAGACAAAGCAAUUACUGGCACUUGUCAUCCUCAUCAUAGCAUAGCAGUCAGAAAGUGAAGAGCCUGUUAAAAUGCAGGAGUAUGAUGUUAUAGUGCUUGGGACUGGACUUAAGGAAUGUGUCCUCUCGGGUUUAAUGUCACUAAACGGCAAAAAGGUCCUUCACAUCGACAAGAAUGGUUACUACGGAGGACAGAGUGCGUCAGUCUCUCCUCUCGAGGAGCUGUACAGGAGGUUCAAAGUUCCCGGCCCUGCUAAAUGCACCUGUCGUGGAAAAGAGUGGAACGUUGAUCUUAUCCCAAAGUUUUUCCUCGCCAAUGGUGAGCUGGUGAAAAUGUUGGUGCACACAGAGGUCACACGCUAUGUGGACUUCAGAGUGGUUGAAGGGAGUUAUGUGUACAAGGCGGGCAAACUGCACAAAGUGCCCGCCACUGAGGAAGACACCCACACGUCAGAUCUGAUGGGCAUGUUUGACAAGAGGAGGUUCAGGAAGCUGCUGCUUUUCGCCCACAACUUUGACGUGAGAAACCCUCGCACGUAUCAGGAUGUGGAUCCCGACAAAACCACAACCCGGGAUCUCUUCUCUCGUUUUGACCUGGGGCUGGAUGUUGUGGAGUUCAUAGGUCAUGCCGUAGCCUUGCACGGCAGCGAGAGUUAUCUGGACCAGCCCUGCGUGGAGACCAUCAAGAGGAUCAGACUGUAUGCUGAGUCUCUGGCUCGCCACAACACCAGCCCAUACCUCUACCCGGUCUUUGGACUGUCUGAACUACCACAAGGAUUUGCCAGGUUGAGUGCAGAGUACGGCGGAACGUUCCUGCUCAACAGAGCGGUGGAUGAGAUCGUGUUGGACAACGGCAAAGUGAAAGCAGUGAAAUCAGAGGGCAAGUUCUUCCAGUGCAAACAGCUGGUGUGCGAUCCUGGCUACGUUCCCAACCGUGUGAGGAAGGUGGGGAAAGUCAUCAGGGUCAUCUGUUUAUUAAACCAUCCCGUAAAAAACACCCAUGAGGCCAACUCGUGCCAGAUCAUCAUCCCACAAACACAACUCAACAGGAAGUCUGACAUCUUCAUAUCCGUGGUGUCCUACGCUCAUAACGUGGCUUCAGAUGGGAUGUACAUCGCCACGGUGAGCACAGCUGCAGAAACCAACAACCCAGAGAAGGAGGUGCAGGCAGGCUUGGACCUUCUGGAGCCCAUCAUGCAGAAAUUUGUUUCAGUCAGCAGCCUGCUGGUUCCCAAUGACGAUGGAAGCAAGAGUCAGAUUUUUGUGUCUCGCUCCUAUGAUGAAAGCAACCACUUUGGGAGCGAGUGUGAGGACAUUAAGGACAUGUAUCGUCGCAUCACGGGUCACGCACCUCCGAUGAAGACUAGCUAAGGCAGCAAGUAGCAAGCUAGAAAGACGUCAGUGUUGUUUUUUAACAUAACUGCUGAAUGGCAUACUGUAUAUUCUGAAUAAAAAACUAGGUUUCUAUUUGUACAGAACACAACCCUAUUAUUCCCUAUUAUUAUACCCUAGUAUUCAGAUUGGUCAUAUAAUUCAUGGUUGUGGUAUUUUCUUUACAGCUAGCUAGCUGAAUCAUGUUUGUAAGAUUAUCUUCUUCUGUGGUGACGUUAAAGCGGCUAAAGAGAAUUUUGCUACUUUUGCUCUAGGGCUCCCCCUAUACUUUUAAAGUGACUCUAAUUUAUGAAGCGCUUUAAUGAUUGCUGCGUUCAUGGCUACCGGGAAAUUAGAGCGUGUUAACAUUGGUGAACGUAAACCAUGAUAAGCUAGUUAUUGCUUUGUUUGUGAAUACAGUAGAUCAUUUGACUUUCAGCAGUCCUGACAACAAACCUUAUCUGUUUGACAGUAUGGGUCUUUUUAUAUAUAUGUGUGUGUGUCAUACUGGAAGCAUAUAGCGAUAUACCUGCACACAAAUUUCCAUAGUAAAUAGCGAUGUCUUAUUUAAGCAAUACAUAUAGAUAUACUCUUUUACAUCACUGUGGUUGCGGGCGUCAGAUUACUGUAUCUGGCUGAAGUCAGGGAUAUCAAUUUGUCAAGAUUUUGCGACUUCCCAGGUUUCCUGAAUGCAGCAUAAAAGCUAGGAAACACGAUAAGCUAAUGGUAAAUGCUAGGAGAAAGUCGUCGUUUUUAUGUCGUCAUAUUUUGGAAUAAACAAUGUAUGAUCACGUAGUGUGUGGUGUAAACUUUGUUUUAUCACGACACAUAACUCUGAACCUUAAAACUUGCACUUAAUUGUCCAGGGUGGUUCACUCACAUUAGAGACCACUAAAAUAGUAGGUCACCCACGGUAGCCAUGGCAACAGGAGAGACGCUAUUGUCCUUAUUACACGCCGGUGUGGCAUCAAAAUUAAGUUAAUACAAUUUUUCAACGUGACAGCCCCCUUUUAAUGAACAAAACCACCAAACAUCGCUUUUUUUAGUGGUUGCAAUAGGUGCAAUUCCACAGCAGGGAUUUAAGGCUUCAUGCCAACAUGGGCGCUCUGCGCGAAGGCCCGGGUUGAUGAGAGAUGAAUGCGGUGGAUUUAUGGAUUGUGUUGGAGCUUACGUGCGACAAGGACAAAGCCACUGAAUUAUGUCAUAUGCUACACACACACGGUGGUGCUGCAGGACACACGUAUAAGAGGCUUAAGCAUGUGAAGGACAUAAACGAGUGAGGUGGAAAGGUGUAGUGGACCCUUAUUUUUUUACAUGCAAAAGCCUUUUAGCCUACUGAACAGCUUUCUUCUUUUGUGUAGCAGUGGAAAUUGUGUCCAUUCUCAUUUUGGUCUAUUAUCUAAGCACACUAUAAACCUCUAACACACAAAAUAAAUAAUAAUCAGCACACAUAAAUAGUUUAAAUAUAUAAUUUAGCCAUAUAGGUAACAGUUUAUUUACAGGAGGGAAGUCACACGGGUGUCUUUGCAGCGACAGUACAGCUUGUUAUGUCUAGUUCACUGAGGUUAUAAAAAAACCCAGUGUAUAUCUGAGCGGACGGUUGUCAUUUAGGAUCUCGGUGAGAGAAAAGUCUCUCAGACUGAAGCUCUCGCUCUCUCGUUGCUGGAAACAGUCCUGGUUUGUGGUUCAUGUCGCCUACUCCUCCUCGUCCAGCAUCUUCAACGCCGUGCUGACGGACGGAGGGAUCAGACCAGCGGCCACUACUCGUCGCUCACUCAUCAGGAAGUUGAAUGUUGCACAUGCGUUUGGCUGGAAAAAAACCAAAAAUGCAACAUUCAAACAGGUUGCUUUGCAACAGCAGGACAAGGACAGCAAAAUAAUCCAAAUGUGAAAUAAUAAUCGCAAUAAAUAUGCAAAAAAGGAAAUCACUGGGGUCGGGAAUUUAGCAAGAAUACAAGGGUGCAUUUAAAAAGAACAGGAAUAAACUGAAAAUUAGCAAAAUGGCAGUUUGGCCUGUAAGAGAUAAAUGUAGUUGAUAAAAUAUUUUUUGCAGCAUAAUGUAAUAAAGACGAAUAAAAACACUUGCUGUCAUGUAAACCGAGUUUACAUGAAAUUUUGAUGGGUUUACUAAACCCAUCCAAAUUUCUAUUGUACACUCAUCGGGCUUAUAUACAGUGGUGUGAAAAAGUGUUUGCCCCCUUCCCGCUUUCUUUUUUUUUGUCACACUUAAAUGUUUCAGAUCAUCAAACAAAAUGAAAUAUUAGUCAAUGACAACACAACUGAACACAAAAUGCAAUUUUUAAAUUAAACUUUUUAUUAUUAAGGGAGAAAAGAAAUCCAAAGCUACAUGUCCCCGUGUGAAAAAUUGAUGGCCCCCUAAACCUAAUAACUGGUUGGGCCCCCCUUAGCAGCAACAUCUUAACAUCUGCAAUCAAGCGUUUGUGAUAACUUGCAAUGAGUCUCUUACAGCGCUGUGGAGGAAUUUUGGCCCGCUCAUCUUUGCAGAAUUGUUGUAAUUCAGCCACAUUGGAGGGUUUUCCAGCAUGAAGCGCCUUUUUAAGGUCAUGCCACAGCAUCUCAAUAGGAUUCAGGUCAGGACUUUGACUAGGCCACUCCAAAGUCUUCAUUUUGUUUUUCUUCAGCCAUUCAGAGGUGGACUUGCUGGUGUGUUUUGGAUCAUUGUCCAAGUUGGUUUCAGCUUGAGGUCACCAACAGAUGGCCAGACAUUCUCCUUCAGGAUUUUUUGGUAGUCAGCAGAAUUCAUGGUUCCAUUUAUCAAAGCAAAUCUUCCAGGUCCUGAAGCAGCAAAACAGCCCCAGACCAUCACACUACCACCACCAUAUUUUACUGUUGGUAUGAUGUUGUUUUUCUGAAAUGCGGCAUUACUUGUACGCCAGAUGUAAUGGGACACACACCUUCCAAAAAGUUCAACUUUGGUCUCAUCAGACCACAGAGUAUUUUCCCAAAGGUCUUGGGGAUCAUCAAGAUGUUUUCUGGCAAAAUUGAGACAAGUCUUAAUGUUCUUUUUGUUCAGCAGUGGUUUUGGUCUUGGAACUCUGCCAUGCAGGCCGUGUUUGCCCAGUGUCUUUCUUAUGGUGGAGUCAUGAACACUGACCUUAACUGAGGCAAGUGAGGCCUGCAGCUCUUUGGAUGUUGUUGUGGGGUCUUUUGUGACCUCUUGGAUGAGUCGUUGCAAUGCUCUUGGGGUCAUUUUGGUUGGCCGGCCACUCCUGGGAAGGUUCACCACUGUUCCAUGUUUUGGCCAUUUGUGGAUAAUGGCUCUCACUGUGGUUCACUGUAGUCCCAAAGCUUUAGAAAUGGCUUUAUAACCUUUUCCAGACUGAUAGAUCUCAAUUAAACUCAGUUAAGUUAUGUUUUAACAGGGAGGAAAUCACUUUUUCACACAGGGCCAUGUAGGCUUGGAUCUUUUUUCUCCCUUAAUAAUA